GGUCGCGUUUCCGGGCGGAAGGUGCGCUGUGGGACGUGUCAGACCGGGGUUCCCAGGACUCGAUGGGGACAGGCCACGAGCACCCAUGGCCUGGCAGAGCAUCCCGGUACCCCGGCUGGAGGGCGUUUCGCAGGAACAGUUCACGCAGCAGCUCUACCCGCAGAGAAAACCUCUGGUGUUGGAAGGAAUCGACUUGGGGGCGUGUACAAGCAAAUGGACAGUGGACUACCUGAGCCAAGUUGGAGGGGAAAAAGCAGUAAAGGUUCAUGUUGCUGCAGUUGCCCAGAUGGACUUCAUUAGUAAGAACUUUCUAUAUAGAACUUUACCUUUUGAUAAGUUGGUUCAGAGGGCAGCUGAAGAAAAGCAUGAAGAGUUCUUUAUCUCAGAGGAUGAGAAGUACUACUUACGGUCACUUGGGGAAGACCCUAGAAAGGAUGUUGCAGAUAUCAGAAAGCAGUUUCCUUUACUGGAAGGAGAUAUUAAGUUUCCAAAAUAUUUCAAAGAGGAGCAGUUCUUUUCCAGUGUUUUUCGAAUUAGUUCACCAGGAUUACAACUUUGGACCCACUAUGAUGUAAUGGAUAACUUCUUGAUACAAGUGACGGGAAAAAAGCGUGUUGUACUAUUCAGUCCUCGAGAUGCCCAGUAUCUAUAUUUAUCAGGUACUAAAUCAGAAGUACUGAAUAUAGAUAGCCCAGACUUAGCUAAAUAUCCACUGUUUUCCAAGGCUAGAAGGUACGAGUGUUCUCUUAAAGCUGGAGAUGUAUUAUUCAUUCCCGCUUUAUGGUUCCAUAACAUAAUCUCUGAAGAGUUUGGAGUGGGAGUGAAUGUUUUUUGGAAGCACCUUCCAUCUGAAUGCUAUGAUAAAACAGAUACCUAUGGAAACAAAGACCCUACAGCAGCCUCAAGAGCUGCACAAAUUCUGGACAGAGCUUUAAAAACACUGUCUGAAUUACCAGAGGAAUACAGGGACUUCUAUGCACGGCGAAUGGUUUUACACAUUCAAGAUAAAGCAUAUAGUAAAAACUUUGAGUAAAUGAAAUGAAUGCAAUGACUAUAAACUUUGAAAUACAGUUCAGCUCAAAUAUUAGAAAAGUAUAACACAAAACAUUUUUUAAAGAUUUUUCUUUGUUAAAAUAGGAAAGACAAAUCAAUCUCAGAUUUAUAAAUUAAAUAUGAAUUGGUAUUUAUGUGAUUUCUAUUUAAUAUAGAUGGUUGAAAAAAAUGCUGUACUGGGAGGGACCACUGUAGCUUUCAGUUGCAAAUAAUAAAAAAUCCAACCUAAAAUGACUUAAUAAAAUAGGGGCACCUGGUUGCUCAAUUGGUUAA